UGAACAACAUCUUGGGCAACGCCACAAAACAACACGACUACCUCAAAGAGCUCAAGCAAAGCCACGCCAACAACCUGGAUCUCAUGUCUCAAGACCCAGGCUCUCCUCCCUGACUAAGUCCCACCCGGAUCGAACCCGCCUCUCCUUUCCGGUUUAGCCCAGUCGGUCCAUGGCACCCCGUAGCUCAGGCACUUCGCCGUCACCGCCACCAUCACACUCGGCUAACCGCGAAAGCUUCUUGGAGCGCAAGAAGAAGGAAAUUGUGGAUAAAUCUAUGGCUCUCCUACAAAUAUCUCUGGAUCGAUGUCUUGACAAAUCGGUUUCUUCUGCACCCGCCGUCGCUGGUGCUGUCGCCGGUGCCGGCGCGGCGGUUGAGGGGGCCAGGAGGAGGGUGAAGAGGGUGAGAGAGGACGACGGGGACGAGAGCGGCGGCCGGGGCGACGUGAGCGGUAGCGGCGGCGGCGAAAAGGCGAAGAAGAAAAAGGUGAACCCCAAGGAAGGGGGCGGGAAGAAGUUUGCCUGCCCUUUCUCCAAGCAUGAUCCGGCCGGGUACCGGUUUACGAAGACUUGCUGUGGCCCAGGCUGGGACGAUGUUCAUCGGGUGAAGGAACAUGUCUACCGCCGUCACUCGCUCAAGAACUUUUGCCCCCGAUGCUUCGAUCACUUUGACAAGUCCGAGCUGCUCCAACAGCACGUGCGGGCUCAGGUCCCCUGCAAGCUGCGGGAGAAAUCGUUCCACGCCAUCAGCGAGGAGCAGGAGAAACAGCUCCGCACUCGGGCCAAGCCAAAUUGCUCCGAAGAAGACAAGUGGGGAGAGAUGUACCGCACCAUCUUCCCGGACGACAAGAAGAUCCCCUCACCAUACUACGAUUCGGACGCCAACGGCUCCUCACGGUCGGCCAGGUCGCAGUUCGCGAGCUUCGAAGAGGCGCGCGAGUUCCUUCGCGUUGAGAUCCCCAGGCUCGUCCGGCCGGAGAUCGAAAAGUACGUCAGCACCCUGUUUGAGGAGGUCCAGGAAAAGGUCAACCAAAAGACGGUCGAGAUCAUCCGCAACGUCGAGACCAAGGUGCUGCGCACCUUUCACUUCCAGGAGGAGCAAGCGUCGGCCCUGCCGGCUGCUACGGCCGCAGCGGUUCUCGGCGCCGGUACCGGUACCGAUGCCUGUGUUGGCGCAGGUACCGGUGCUGCUCCGGCCGCGCCAGGCGAGCCCAGCCCGCCUCCAAGUCCCGGGUUCGGGGGGGACGUCGCCGCUGUCGGCAACGCGGCCGGUGGCGCGGGGCCGGAGCUGUCCAAGAUCGGCCAAUUCUUUGAGGACUUCCAGGAUGACGACUUCGUCAAUGAGCUGGUCAGCAGCAUGCGCGUGGACCUCGAGAGCGUGCUGGCCAACAGCCACGGACUUUUGGGCUACGAUGUGUUCAGCCAGGGGGACUCGGCCUACUACACGGGAUCGACGAGCGGUGAGCAGAGCUUGUAUGCUGCCAUGGGCGGCGGCAACGGCGCGUGCAUGCACCGGUGUUAAGCGGAUCAUUGUUAUCCUUUUCUCGGAUGGCUGUUACAAGAUCUAGUCCCACGUUCCUUGG